AUGGAGGAAAAGGAAACCUACACGGCAUCCCGUGGGAUGCUUGAGAGUAGGGACGACACUGAUAGUACAGCUACCGUCCUCAACGAUGACCCCACCAUGCCUCCUCGCGACCCCAACAUUAGCCGCGCCGAUAACUGGUCCUUGAUGCCCCAAGUCAAGCAACAGCACGAACGUGAUAUGCAAUCCGGGCUCAAGCCUCGUCAACUCGGUGUCACUUGGAAGGACUUGACGGUCGAAGUCGUCAGUGCCGAAGCCGCCGUCAACGAGAAUUUCCUAUCGCAGUUCAACAUUCCCCAACAUAUCAAGGAGUCUCGCAACAAGCCGCCUCUACGCCAGAUUCUCCAAAAGAGUCAUGGGUGCGUCAAGCCCGGUGAGAUGCUUCUGGUUCUGGGCCGCCCUGGUUCCGGCUGCACCACCCUUCUUAAGAUGCUCGCCAAUCGCCGCCUCGGUUACAACUCGAUAGAGGGUGAAGUCCGCUACGGCUCACUGACUGCCAAGGAGGCUGGAAAUUACCGUGGUCAGAUCGUCAUCAACACCGAGGAAGAAGUCUUCUUCCCGACCCUGACGGUUGGCCAAACGAUGGACUUUGCGACCCGUCUCAAGGUGCCCUUUACCUUGCCGAAUGGAGUUGAGUCGGCAGAGGCCUAUCGCCAGGAGGCCAAGGAAUUCCUGCUGAAAUCCAUGGGCAUCACCCACACAAACGACACUAAGGUUGGCAACGAAUACGUUCGAGGUGUUUCCGGUGGUGAACGCAAGCGUGUUUCCAUCAUCGAAUGUCUUGCUACUCGCGGUUCGGUGUUUUGUUGGGAUAACAGCACCCGUGGUCUGGACGCCAGUACCGCUCUCGAGUGGACCAAGGCCAUUCGCGCUAUGACAGACGUGCUUGGUCUCUCUACCAUCGUCACUCUCUACCAGGCUGGAAAUGGUAUCUAUGACCUUUUCGACAAAGUACUUGUUCUUGACGAGGGUAAAGAAAUCUACUACGGUCCUAUGGAACAAGCGCGCCCAUUCAUGGAGGAUCUUGGCUUCGUUUGUCGCGAAGGUUCGAACGUGGCUGAUUACUUGACUGGUAUCACCGUUCCUACCGAACGCAAGAUCCGACCCGGCUAUGAGAACCGCUUCCCUCGCAAUGCCGAGAUGGUUCUUGCCGAGUACGAGAAGUCGCCAAUCUAUGCUCAGAUGAAUACUGAGUACAAUUACCCCGACACCGAUAUCGCUCGCGAGCGUACCGAGGACUUCAAGAUCUCCGUCGCCCAGGAGAAGAGCAAGAAGCUACCCAAGUCUAGCCCCAUGACAGUUGAUUUUGUUACUCAAGUGAAGACUUGUAUCGCGCGGCAGUAUCAGAUUCUGUGGGGUGACAAGGCCACCUUUAUCAUCAAGCAGGUCUCUACCUUGAUUCAAGCCCUUGUUGCUGGAUCACUAUUCUAUAAUGCUCCUAACAACUCUGGUGGUCUCUUCGUCAAGUCAGGUGCCCUAUUCUUCUCGCUCCUCUACAACAGUCUGCUUGCCAUGGCAGAAGUCACCGACUCCUUCAAUGGUCGCCCUGUUUUGGUGAAGCACAAAGGCUUCGCAUACUUCCACCCGGCUGCAUUUUGCAUUGCUCAAAUCACAGCCGAUAUUCCUGUUCUUUUGUUCCAGAUCUCGGUCUUCUCUCUCGUUGUGUACUUUAUGGUCGGUCUCACCAUGUCGGCUAGUGCAUUCUUCACAUACUGGAUCCUGGUUUUCGCUGCCACCAUGACGAUGACUGCAUUGUUCCGUGCUUGCGGAGCCGUCUUCAGUACUUUCGAUGGUGCUUCUAAGGUCUCCGGCUUCCUUAUCUCAGCAUUGAUCAUGUACACCGGUUACAUGAUCAAGAAGCCCCAGAUGCACCCUUGGUUUGGCUGGAUCUACUGGAUCAACCCUCUGGCUUACGGAUUUGACGCACUCCUCUCAAACGAGUUCCAUGGCAAAACCAUUCCAUGUGUAGGCACCAACCUGGUCCCCAGUGGCGCUGGCUACGAUGGCAGUGGUCAUCAGUCUUGCGCGGGUGUUGGUGGUGCCGUGCCCGGGCAGACCUAUGUUACCGGUGAUGCGUAUCUCGCUUCUAUGUCGUACAGCCACAGCCACGUAUGGCGAAACUUCGGUAUUCUCUGGGCUUGGUGGGCUCUGUUUGCAGUGGCCACCAUUGUCGCCACCACCAAGUGGAAGGCCCCCGGUGAGAGUGGUGCUUCUCUCCUGAUUCCUCGGGAAAGGCUCCAUGAUCAUCACCAAGUCGCACGCAACGACGAGGAAGCACAGGCCAUGGAGAAGGGCAAAGCACCCAGCGACGAAGGGUCUCAAAGUGAAGAGGAUAUCGACAAGCAACUGGUGCGAAACACCUCGGUGUUCACCUGGAAGGAUUUGAAGUACACAGUCAAGACACCAUCUGGUGACCGGGUUCUGCUCGACAACGUUUACGGUUGGGUGAAGCCCGGCAUGCUGGGUGCUCUUAUGGGUUCCUCUGGUGCUGGUAAGACUACACUUCUUGAUGUGUUGGCUCAACGUAAAACCGAGGGUACCAUCCAGGGUUCAAUUAUGGUUGAUGGACGCCCAUUGCCUGUAUCUUUCCAACGCUCUGCCGGUUAUUGUGAACAACUUGAUGUCCAUGAACCAUUUGCCACUGUCCGUGAGGCAUUGGAGUUCUCAGCUUUGCUCCGUCAGCCCCGUGAAGUGCCGCCCGAGGAGAAGCUGAGAUACGUUACUACUAUCAUUGAACUCCUUGAGCUACACGAUAUCGCCGAUACAUUGAUCGGCCGUGUCGGCGCUGGUUUAAGUGUGGAACAACGCAAGCGUGUCACUAUUGGUGUCGAACUUGUCUCAAAGCCUAGCAUUCUGAUUUUCCUUGACGAACCUACUUCUGGUUUGGAUGGUCAGUCAGCUUACAAUACUGUUCGUUUCCUGCGGAAGCUUGCCGACGUCGGCCAGGCUGUUUUGGUGACCAUUCACCAGCCCUCUGCCCAAUUGUUCGCUGAAUUUGAUACACUAUUGCUUUUGGCCAAGGGUGGAAAGAUGGUCUACUUUGGUGAUAUUGGUGACAACGGUCAGACUGUCAAGAGCUAUUUCGCUCGCUAUGGUGCCCCGUGCCCGCCUGAAACCAACCCCGCUGAGCAUAUGAUUGACGUCGUGUCGGGAGCCUUGUCUCAGGGUCGCGAUUGGAACCAGGUCUGGCGAGAAUCCCCUGAACACUCAAAGGCCGUCUCCGAGCUUGAUGCUAUUGUUAGUGAUGCCGCCUCGAAGCCUCCGGGUACCGUUGAUGAUGGCCACGAAUUUGCUAUGCCUCUUUGGAAGCAAAUCUUGAUUGUCACCAAGCGGUCUUGUGUUGCUGUCUACCGUAAUACGGACUAUGUCAACAACAAGCUUGCGCUCCACGUUGGUUCGGCUUUGUUCAACGGUUUCUCGUUCUGGAUGAUCAACGAUCACGUUGGGGCCGUACAGCUCCGACUGUUCACAAUCUUUAACUUCAUCUUCGUUGCUCCCGGUGUUAUUAAUCAACUGCAGCCUCUGUUCCUCGAACGCCGUGAUAUAUACGACGCAAGAGAGAAGAAGUCCAAGAUGUACUCAUGGGUUGCAUUCGUGACGGGUUUGAUCAUUUCGGAAAUCCCGUAUCUCUGUAUUUGUGCAGUGUUGUACUUCGUCUGCUGGUACUACACUGUGGGCUUCCCCUCUGAUUCCAACAAAUCCGGGGCUGUUUUCUUCGUUAUGUUGAUGUACGAGUUUGUCUACACCGGUAUCGGGCAGUUCAUUUCUGCCUAUGCUCCGAACGCCAUCUUUGCUUCGUUGAUCAACCCUCUUAUUAUCGGUACUCUCGCAUCUUUCUGUGGUGUGUUGGUGCCGUACGCGCAAAUCCAGGAAUUCUGGCGCUACUGGAUCUACUGGAUGAAUCCUUUCAACUAUUUGAUGGGCAGUCUGUUGGUGUUCACAACCUGGGACGCCCCUGUCAAAUGCAAGGAAUCCGAAUUCGCGCUGUUCGACCCUCCGAACGGCACAACCUGCAAGGAAUAUCUCGCCGAUUUUAUGCAGGGUAUGGGCGCCCGCAUGAACCUGGUUGAUCCCGACGCCACGUCCGGCUGCCGGGUGUGCGAGUACACCAAGGGCAGCGACUACCUUGUCACCAUCAACCUCAAGCACUACUACUACGGCUGGCGCGAUGCCGCUAUCGUGGCGCUGUUCGCCAUCAGUUCGUAUGCUUUGGUGUAUGCCCUGAUGAAGCUGAGGACCAAGGCCUCCAAGACGGCCGAGUAA